AUGUCCGACUCGAAUUCACCCAAGGCGGACACAACUAGUGCCAGCCUUUUGGAGAACCUGCGGAAAUUUCGAUUUCAGAAGAAAUCUACUAGAAGGAUGAACACGUCUGAUGAAGAUAGUAACGUGAUGCCUCCAGAGAUUGCCAUCAGGCGCAAGACAGUCAACCGGAUUGAAGACAGUGACAGCGAUGCAGGAAGUCCUGUAAAGUCGCAUGCUUCAAGUUCAGAUUCUGAUAAGAAUUCUGAAACCAAAGAUAAAGAACAGAAACUGAAGUACCUGACCACCUUGUAUCCACUGAUUGAUUCCGUGGGUAUCCAGGAAGUAUUGAAUGGUGCAAACUGGAAUGUAGAGGAGGCCGAAGAGGUAUUGAAGAACAACAGAAAAAGAGCUCUAAAGAAAUCAGCUAAAACAAGUAAUAAAAAGCGGAGAAAAGUAGACUGUGAUGAAGAUGUGGAUGUCGAUUCUGAUGAAGCUAAUUACAAGAACAAAGUCUUUGAUAGCGAUGAUGAUUCCGAUGUGGAAAUAUCAAACGAUCUCACAGGAGAUAAGAAAGGCGUUCUUGAAUUCAUGCAGUCUGCUCUUGUUUCUGAAUUACUUCUAAUGUCUCAGUGCUCCCAAAAGAAGGCUCAAGCCAUCGUAGCUGCACGACCAUUUCACAGCUGGAGAGAGUUAGUAGAGAAGUUCCAAACACACAAAUAUUUGGAUACCGAAUUGUUAAAUUCAGCACAGGUAUUAUUAGCUACAAGACACGUAGUGGAAACUCUAAUGAAGAAAUGUUUACGGCUGUCGACCAAUAUGGAAAGAGCAGUGGCCGCGGGGUCAUCUACAGUAACGCAACAGCCAAAGGGUUUAUCAGCAGGAUUGACAUUGGCACCAUACCAAAUGGUCGGUUUAAAUUGGUUGGCAGUGCUACAUGCCCAAAAUGUCAAUGGAAUACUGGCAGAUGAAAUGGGCCUUGGUAAAACCAUACAAGUUAUCGCUUUUCUGACGUAUUUGCAAGAGGCGGGCCUUACAGAUGACAAAUUGGGUCCUCACUUAAUCGUGGUACCUAGCUCAACAAUGGAAAAUUGGAGCAACGAAUUAGAACGUUGGUCUCCUGGUCUGAAAGUCGUCCAGUAUUAUGGCUCUCAGGAUGAACGGAAGGAGAUGCGAAUGGGAUGGCGAAAUGGCGACCUGGACGACGUCGACGUUAUACUCACUACGUACAACCUCGUCAGUAGUACUCCGGAGGAACGUAGACUCUUUCGUGUUAUGCCCCUCCAAUACGUUAUUUUUGACGAAGCUCACAUGCUCAAAAAUAUGGGUACUAUUCGAUACGAGAAUCUUGUCAGAAUUAACGCAAAACAUCGGAUACUCUUAACUGGUACACCGUUACAAAAUAAUUUACUCGAAUUGAUGUCACUGCUGAUAUUCGUAAUGCCGUCAAUGUUUGCGGGCAAGCAGGCGGAUCUCAAGAGUUUGUUCUCGAAAAAUUCAAAAAUAUCGGCAGAUAAGAAAGAUGGCGAUCAACCUCAAUUCGAACAGGAACAAGUGAAGAAUGCCAAAAAGAUCAUGAAGCCAUUUGUGCUGCGUCGAUUGAAGUCUCAAGUACUUCGUGAUUUGCCACCAAAAUCAGACAAAGUCAUUCACUGUCCAUUAAUCGAGAAGCAACGCAACAUGUAUGAGAAUCUUGUGGCAGAAUUUUCAGCCGAAGCAGAUCAAAAUAAUGAAGUCAAUGGCAUUGGGAUGAUGAUGCAGCUUAGAAAGCUUGCUAAUCAUCCAUUGCUCAUUCGAGAUUAUUACAAUGAAAAGAAAUUAAAACUCAUAUCGAAGAGGCUAGCAAAAGAUCCAGGAUACAAGCAGAAGAAUCCUAAUUAUGUGUUUGAGGAUUUAUUAUGGAUGUCUGAUUAUCAAAUAAAUCAAUUAUCCCGAACGUAUAAAAGUCUUGCUGGACUUGGGUUGCCACAAGAACUUAUACCCAAGGCUGGCAAAUUACAGAAGCUAGAUGAACUUUUACCAGAAUUCAAAUCAGAGGGACACCGAGUUCUUAUAUUUAGUCAAUUCACAAUGGUGCUGGAUAUUUUAGAAGAAUAUUUAACCAUCAGGGGCCAUUCGUUUUUAAGAAUGGAUGGACAGACACCGGUGACUGAAAGGCAAGCCAUGAUAGACGAGUAUACCUCUGAUAAUUCUAUAUUUAUCUUUUUACUCUCGACAAGAGCUGGUGGUUUAGGUAUUAAUUUAACAUCUGCCGACACAGUAAUUAUACACGAUCUAGAUUUUAAUCCGUACAACGAUAAACAGGCCGAAGAUCGUUGUCACAGAGUGGGACAAAAGAAGCCGGUUACCAUAAUCAGAUUAUUAGGCCAAGAUACUAUAGAAGAAGGGAUGUAUCAAAUAGCUCAAGAGAAAUUACAUCUAGAACAACAGAUUACCGGAAACGAGGAAAGUGAGAAUACUGAUAAGAGAAGCGUCUUGAAGUUAUUAAAAAUGACUUUGGGAUUGGACCCUCAUAAUAAAUCUCUGACUCUCUCACCUUCGAAAAGCAUGAAUGGCUCGUCGAAUGGCUACGUCGAGGGCGACGGAAAUUGCGACCUAUGAUUGUAAUAUUUGCAUAACUCAACUUACGUCGUUUUUUACAGCAACAUUUUCCUUUUUCUAUCAAUUUUACCUUUCCCGUCCCGAAACGUGCGUGAUUUUAUCCAUAGUUUAGUUUUGCUCAUACAGUACCGCGUUGCGACUGGAGACUGAAAUUAAAUUUUCUCUUAAGGAGAACAUAAUAAAUUAUAAUCAUUUUUUUUUUACAAUAUACGAUCAUCCGAUCAUUAGGCAAUUCCUUUUAUCGAUAUAAUAUCCGAAACCAGCCGUGCCUGGCCCGUUACAAAUUUGUAAAUCAUGCAUUGAGACAUUCCUUUAUUUAUUUAUGAAUAGGUCCCAAUUAUUAUCUUAGCUUUUUUUUAAGCAUAUAAGAAUUCCUUUACAAUUCGAUAACCGAGAGAAAUUAUUUUGAAUGUGUGAGGAUAUUGAUAUUAUAGAAUUAAAGAAGAACAUGGGUUUUUUGUUACGUGAACUAAAGUGGUAUACAUUAAAUUACGUGUAUUGGCAGAGGAGCUGAGGUAUGAAAAUGCAAAAAAAAUUGAAAACCUUUUAAUCGUAUAAAGGCCACCGGAAUUUUUACUGGAGAAUUCGUAUUCACUGUGUUAAAUUAAUUGUCUCUAGCUUAAUAAAGAUAUCCAAAAUGGGCCAAAAACCUGUAACUAUCAACAUAUUCUUUGUUGCGCAUCUAAUAUCUAAAACAAAAGAUUUAUGUCUAUCCCCUUAAAAAAAUAAUACAUAAUCAUGACAAUUUAUAAUACAAA